CACCCCGAACCAAAACCCAGCUUCCCGCGCCUCUUUUUAACUAUGAGAAGUUGCAGACAUUACAGAUCACUGCUGAGCUCAUAACCCCAAGCUUUAUCCUCUCUUUCUCUCUUCUCGUCUAAGAAGUUUGGUCUGGACUUUGUGGAAUGGUGUCUUGAAGGUUAAGAGAAUUAAGAAAUGGGGGAUAGAACGAAGCUGAUGACGAAGGCGUUCAAGGGAGCGAACGUCUUCAUGUCUCGAAACCUCGUCCCGCCUGAAAUCUUCGAUACUCUUCACGAUGCUCUCAAGCAGAACGGUGCCGAGGUUUAUCUCUGCUGCGAUCCGUCGCGAAUCGGUCCGAAUGAUUACCAUAUCAUCUCCUCUCCCGAACAUGAGAAAUUCGAGGAUCUUAGAGCCAAGGGCUGUAAUUUACUUGGUCCUCUAUGUGUUCUUUCCUGCUCAAAAGAAAACAGAGCUUUGCCUAAACAAGGUUUUACUUGUUGCCUUGCAAUGGAUGGGGUUAAAGUGCUUGCUUCUGGAUUUGAGAAGGACGAAAAGGUCAAGAUUGAAAAGUUAGUGACUGCGAUGGGAGGAGUGUUGCAAACUAGGGCCUCAAUGGAUGUUAACUUUGUUAUUGCAAGGAACGUUUUGGCUGCAAAGUACAAGUGGGCCUCAAAUGUUCUUAAGAAACCAAUUGUCACCAUUAGCUGGUUGAAUCAGUGCUGGAAUGAACACAGAGUUGUGCCUCAAGAGCCAUACAAAGUUCCUCCUUUUUCUGGGUUGACCAUUUGUACAACAAGAAUUCCAGCAGAUGAGCGAAAGGAGCUUGAAAAGCUUGUCAUACAGAAUGGUGGGAAAUACUCUGCUGACCUAACCAAGAAUUGCACACAUUUGGUUUCUGAUAUUCCCGAAGGUGACAAAUACAAGGUUGCCAGAAAAUGGGGUCACAUUCAUAUUGUGACUCGGAAAUGGGUUGAUCAGUCUAUUGCUAGAAGAGGAUGCCUUGGCGAGGAGUCUUACCCUAUUCAGGGAGUUUCUAAUUCUUCAAGUCAUGCCAUGAAGAGUGGUCUAAAGCGACAGCAUGACCAAGAGAAUUGCAAUGGAAAUUCUCAAACUGUGCCAUCAUCUGGGAUUGGAAAUUCAAAUUUGCUUCCAUCUUCCAUGAUUGCUGAUCCUGAUCUGGAAACAAGUCUUUCUCAGAAUAUGUCUUCUACAUUUUCUGAUGCCACUAUCUUUACAAAAGAGGAGGGGAAUGAAGAACCUAGAUUGCAGCCUGAACAUGGAACAAAGUUUGAUGUCUGCGUUGCUGAUGAUUCACAAGCAGAAGAUAGUGAUUUGUAUUUGUCAGAAUGCAAGAUUUCACUUGUUGGUUUCCAGGCUUCUGAAAUGCGCAAACUAGUCCAUAUGGUGCGUAAAGGUGGGGGCUCCCGGUAUAUGUCGUUGAAUGACAAGUUGACACACAUAGUUGUGGGAACACCUUCAGAGAGCGAAAAGAAGGAGGUAAGGGGCUAUGCAGCUUUGGGUGUUAUUUAUAUGGUUAGAGCCAGCUGGUUGGAAGAUUGUGACCGAGAAAAAAAAGAAGUAACUGUGUCCCUGAAGCAUGUUGCUUCUGAUUUACUUUUACCAAGAGCAGCAGUAGGCAUUUCUGGUUUAAAGCAAGGGAAAAGCUCUGCUGCAUCUUUCAGCAUACCAGCUGUUAAGGUAGUGGGGAAUAUUAACUCCGAAUCUGGUAUCUCAUUGGAGAAUAACAGAGGACAUAAUCCAGAAACAAAUACAAAGGGGUCCAAUUAUGUAGAAUCAGCUACCGGAUCACUCCGGAAAAACAUGUUUUUGGUUUUAAAGGAUGACAGUAAGGCCGCACAGAAAUUACGACAAGAUUCUGAUGCUGCAAAUGUUCAAGAUGGGAAAUCAUCUAAUGUUUUCAAAGGGAAAAUAUUUCGCUUUUCAAGUUCUUUUCCUCAAGAUAGGAGAGAUGAAAUCAUUGAAUGGGUUAAACAAGGAGGAGGAGCUUUGGUGGAUGAUCAGGUUAAGAAUGUGCACUUCACCAUUGAGUGUCAUGGUCUGAUUCAGAAGCCUGCUGAUAAUUCUCAAACCAUCAUUGUUUCUAGUCACUGGAUUAGAUCCUGUUUGGAGGAUGGAUGCAUGCUGGAAGUUGACAGUCACCUCUUGUAUUCACCACUUCCCUGCCGGAUUCCGUUACCUGGGUUCGACGGCUUUCGGUUCUGUGUCUCUCAGUAUGAAGAGAAAGAUAGGUUGUUAUUAAGAAAUCUUUGUUUUGUUCUAGGAGCUAAAUUCACGGAAAAACUGAGUAGGAAGGUCACACAUUUAAUUUGCAAGUUCACCAGUGGCCCAAAAUAUGAGGCUGCUUGCAAAUGGGGCAUAGAAGCAGUUACUUUCGAGUGGAUCUGUGAAUGCGUCAUGCAGGAUAAGAUAGUUGCUCUGGAUCAAUUUCUCCCAAAAGAAGUUACUGCUCAAGAUCGAGAGCAAGGGCUAUGCACAAUGAGCCAGUAUCCUACACAGGCAGCUCGCAUGAUAUCUGGAGGUGUUUCACUACAGUUACCGAGUCAAUCUCAAGUCAUGAUGAAAAUAGAAACUCAUGUUGUUGGCAGUAUAAGUGAAAGCUUUAAAAGCUUCAGUGGAGGGGCAAAACAUUCUUCACUCUCCAUUAAAAGAGCAAGGCUUGUGGAUGACGACAGUCAUAAUGGAGAAGUUUCUCAUGCAGUUCCUGAUGUGGCUGCAGCUAUUGAAGACUUGUUAGCACAAACGAGUAAGAUUCAAGAAAUGAAGUCACCAGUCGGUUCUCAAUGUGGUCAAAUUAUGCAGCAUUUUUCAGCCAAUCAUUCAAUUCUUGAUCAAGACCAUUUAGAGCCUCGUUCUUCCUUUGGGAUUUCUAACCGCUGGUUGAGCAGGACCUGGACAAAUGAUUUUGACUUCAUCAUCUUCAGGAAUGAGAAACAAGAUGAGCUUUGCACUCCUUCUGGACAAGGUAUAAAAGAAGGCACUUAUGAUGGUUUCAGUGAAACACAGACAGAAUCUCAGGUUGUUGGGUAUGAAGAAGAUUUGUCAGGCCGACAAAUGAUAAUUGAUAGAGUUCGUACUCGAAGUAGCAUGACUUAAAGUUAGCAUAAGAGGAAAAGAAAAGUAGGGAAACACACAAGUACAGAACAUCAUAAGAAUGUGAAUUCAACCUGGGCUUGCCUAGAAAAUUAGAAUAGAGAACCCAAUAUCAAUGUUCCAUCUGAGCUGACAAGAAGACAAUCUCAUUGCAAGGUGGAAGUUUUGAUGUGAUGCUGUUCUCCACAGUACAGUCAGUUUGUAAGUUGUGUCAAUUUUUCUCAAGUGCUCAAUAAAGGCUUAUGGAGAGGUUUUUCAUGCAUCUUCUGUAGUUUUAGCAAAUGCAAAACAAUAGGUAAGCUAGUGAGUAGUGACUGUAACCAUGUAGAUUAAACCACUCCAGUAAAUUUGUCAAGCAUUUAUUGAAAAUCAAAGCCUUGUACAGUGAAUUUUCUGUUG